AUGACUACCCAUUGUGAAUAUCAGACAUGGCUAUUGGCUAUUGGUGUUCAAGUUCGUUUUGACAAAAUUCAUCGAGAUGUUCUUAGUGUAUUUGAUAAGAUAGCUGAAUGUUGUUUCUAUCCACGAAAUACACGUAUAUCAGCUUAUGAAGGCAAAGCUAUUUGUACAACUCUAACGUAUUAUCUUCUGUUGCGUCAGUAUGCCAACCGUUGUUGUAUAGCAGUCGAUGAAAUAUUCGAUUUUCUGUUGAAAAGAACAUGCGAUAAAUAUCGAGCAUAUGCCACAGCAAUUCGUACUUUACAUGACAUGUUUACUGAUGGCACUUACGUUGAUACAUAUGAGCAGAGGCUGACAUCUUAUCCAGCUCAUUACAUAUUUCAAAGACAUUUACCGAUGUUGCAAUUGCUGAUCAUUGAUCAUAUUGAUAGAGACUCUACUGAUGAAAUAUUACGUGAGAUAAAUGCAAAUACUCAAAGUAAUUUGGGAACAGGCAUAAUAAGAUUAUCACGCAGUGGAAGAACUUUUCCGAUUCAUUUAAUCGAUAAUUUUGCAUUUCGAAAGGCAAUAAGUGCAAUCAAUGUGGAAUUUAUAGAUACCAUCCAGGCACAUAUGACGCUCGCUCAAAAUGCUUUGCUUCAUUUUGUUUUGCCGUCAUCUUUUGUUAAUUCUGGAUCAAAAUUGGGACUACUCAUUGAUACUCAUUCAUGA